AGGGAAACCAUUCAGUUUCCUUCCUGGAUUACAGCUGUGGACAGACCCCAGACCUUCCCCUCUCUCUCUCUCUCUCUCUCCAUUCUUACCCUCCAUUCCUCACUUCACAGAUCCUCUAACCCGCUCUCUGCAUUUUUACACUCCUCUCUCCACUCGCUGGUCUCCUUGGUGAUCCCCGCUCCACUCCUCCUCUCCUCUCCAUUCCUCUCCUCCUCGUCCUCCUGUGUGGUAGGGGCGAUGUGCUCUACGGGUUUUGUGCGGUCGCUGGGCUUUGCCCUCCUGCCCCUGGCGGUGUGCUGUAUUGUGGCCAACGUUCUGCUGUUCUUCCCUGGAGGAGACACCCAAUACGUGCAACAGGAGAAACUGUCCAAGCUGGUCUGGUUCAUGAUGGGCAUCGGAGGGGGAGGCGCGUUGAUGUUCCUGCCUGCUGGCGUGUUCAUCAGCCUGGGGAAAUGUACAGGCUGCUGUUGGAAUGAACGCUUCGUGAUGUGUGGAUCAGUCACGGCAGCGUUAGUUGGGUUGGCCGGGUCAGGGUAUUGUUUCGUCAUCUCUGCCAUGGCCAUGUUGGAGGGACCUCAGUGUGCCACCGCUCUGGGAUGGUCCUAUCCCUUCGCCAACGAGGGAGGAAGGUACCUGCUUGAGCAGGAGACGUGGUCUAAGUGUUUAUAUCCCGUCAGCAUCGUGGAGUGGAACGUGACUCUGCUGUCCAUCCUGCUGGGUCUCAGUGGGUUGGAGUUUAUCAUCUGUUUCCUACAGGUCAUCAAUGGACUGGUGACAGCUGUCUGCAGACCCUGCUGCUACAAACAGGACUAUACCCUCAACGCCUGAUAAACACACACACACACACACACACACACACACACACACACACACACACACACACACACACACACACACACACACACACACACACACACACACACACACACACACACACACACACACACGCAUAUAACAUAAGAUCCACUGGCAUACCCAUGAAAUGACACAUAAAACAGGAGAGUGUACAUUACCAGCUGGGGGAACAUUGCUUCCUAGACACUCAUUAUUAUCUCCUUAUUGGUUUCUAAUCAGGAAGUGUGAUUUUUCAAGCGAAUGCUGCCUCAUCUCUGUAUGAGGGAGAGAUACCUGUCUGAAUGUUCAGUUAAUUUAUAGUAUUCAUUACAAAGCACUGUAUUAUAAACACACCGUUUGUAUUAUAUAGACUGCAACAAUAGCCUUUUUUAUGUCUGUAUUUUUUAUAUUAUGUCUUAACACACUGGGCACAGAUGUCAGUUCAACGUCUAGUUUUGAUUUACAUUUGGUUGAGUUGUCAACUAAGGCGAAUUUUACAUGAAAUCAACAAAAAGUCAUAAUGGGUCAUAAUUAAUAAACACUAUUUAAAAAAAACAGCAAUUUCUUUUUUUUUCUUGGGUGUUUCUCUGUCAAACAGUUUUGUUAUAUUUCAGUCUUCUGUGAUGUAUCUAAAGUGUCAUAUUGGGAUGCAAACUCAAAAUGUAAUACAUUUAAACUCUAUAUCUGACAUGGUACAGGUGUCUUCUUUUUAAACCCAUAACCAUGUGUUUGAAGUGUAUACUUUUGUUUCAAAGUAGAUUUGUUUAAGACUACCAAGAAACACCAACCUUGUGACCUUGAUUUAGCUCACUGCACUAAAAUGUUUUAAGUUUGGUGGAUAAAAAUAUUUUUUGCAAAUCCAAUCAGUUUUCCACGUUGAUUGAACGUCAUCACAUAGAUUUUUUGUUGCUGAAAUUAUGUCAAUGUAUGAGAGUUUUGUCUUUUGUAUUAAUGUUUUCAUUUUAAGUGUAUUGUAAAUGAUUGUCUCACAGAUUCUAGAUGUUAAGAUAAGUCAAUUUUAUAUAUUUAGUGCAUUUGUAAUAUUUUUAUAACAUUUGUGCUGUCUUAAAUAAAUAAAUAUUUUCCAUUUCAA